ACAAUAAUCGGCAGAUGUCAGCAUUGAUGUUGUUCCUGUCCCCGUGCACCUGUCAGAGCGCCGCCCCUGACGCACGGACACAUUCACGAGCUCGUAAGUUUGAAGCAAAGCCUCUCUCCGCUCAACUCCAGCAGCCCGUUACUGAGCCGCUUUCUGUCGGGAAUCUAUAACACAGCUCUUGCAGACGGCCGUCUUGCUAUGAGGACUUGAGGGAGGCGAUAAGCGUGCCGUCCUGUCCUGAUUAUUUCGGAGUAAUCGACUGAGCGCAGAGUUUUUGGCGAGUGCGCGCGCUCGUCGUGAGAGGGGCAGAAGAAUGUCGCGCGACCCGGAGGAGGUCAGUAAGCUGACCGAGAGCACUUACAAGAAUGUUAUGGAACAAUUCAACCCGGGGUUGCGUAACCUCAUAAACCUGGGAAAGAGCUACGAGAAAGCAGUUUCAGCCAUGGUUCUGGCUGGGAAGCAGUACUUUGAUGCUGUAUCUAAGAUCGGGGAGAACGUAGCCGUUUCUCCAGUGUCCAGGGAACUGGGGGUCGUCUUGAUGGAGAUCUCAGACGUCCAUCGGAAAGUCAAUGUAGAACUGGAGGAGAAUUUCAGACGGUUUCAUCGGGAGGUUAUUGCAGAGUUGGAGAGGAAGACAGAGAUGGAUGUGAAAUACAUGACAGCCACGUUUAAGAGAUAUCAGACCGAACACAAGAUGAAGCAGGACUCGCUGGAGAGAUCACAGUCAGACCUGAAGAAAUUUAGAAGGAAAAGUCAAGGAAAGAACGCUUCGAAGUAUGAGAGUAAAGAGAACGAGUGUCUUGAGACUCUCACCCACCGUCAGAUGGACAUGCAGAAGUUCAUCGCUGACGGCUGCCGGGAGGCUCUGCUGGAGGAGAAGAGGCGCUUCUGCUUCCUGGUGGACAAGCACUGCAUCUUCUCCUUCCAGAUCGCUGCUUUCCAUGACAAGGCUCGAGAACUUCUGACGGAGAACCUGACCAGCUGGCAGGACAAAUGUAGUGACGCUACCGAUGUCCCUGAGAGUGUGAUGUCCAUGAUUGAAGGUCUACGCACUCCAGUGUCCAACACUCCACAGGCGUCGCCAUCCCUCCAGCGCUACAACAGGGCCAACUCCGAUGCAAUGAUUUCUGCACCACCAGCACCACCUCAGACGAGUCCCCUGGCCAACAUGUUCAAUCAGGAGUCCUCCAGGAGAGAGGAGAAAGAGUCAGUCAGCAACAACGAGGAUAACGGAUUGUCUAGGUCUGUGUCGAUGGCCACUGGCCUCAAUCACAUAGACAAAAGACCCAAAGUGCGCACCAUUUUCCCACACAAGUCUGGAAACAACAGCACGCUGCUGAGCUUUGAAGAAGGAGACAUUAUCACUCUGCUGAUUCCUGACGAAAGGGACGGCUGGCUGUACGGAGAGCUGCAGAAAAACAGACAGCGGGGCUGGUUUCCAUCAUCUUACUGUCGCGCAUACACAGAGCCAGCGGUAAAUAACAGUAUUGCUGGAAAUCCUCCGAUGCGCAGUAAGAGCGUGGCAAACCUCAUGCAGAACGACCCAGAGGAUGACAUGAUGGUUUUACCUCCAGCGGACUACAACGAUUUGCCCGUCAGGAGAAACUCCACCAAGAGUCUGAUGCAGACAUACACCCCCACAUACGAAACCCAGGUGCCUCAGUCAAACGGACUCCCAAAGCAUCCUAUCUUUGGGGAAGGGAAUCCAUUCGCUACAGUCAAACUUCGGCCCACAGUCACCAAUGACAGAUCAGCGCCCAAAAUCUGAUCAACACCACAGAGACCCGCCGCCGAGGAUGCUGGGAUUACUCACAGGACUUAUGCACACAGACACUACAUACUGUUCAAGCACUAUUGAUGUCAGUCCCCUUUAAACCUCCAUCUCACUAUGUAUAUAUACACACAUAUAUAAAGUGUGUAUGUAGACAGGGAAUUAUUAUAUAUAUAUGCAUUUAGUUGUAAGAAUCAGAAGUCAGAUGUUUAACUUUCAAAGUAUCAUUCUGUAAAUACAGUACAUGAGAGAAGAUGGGUGCGAUUAAGAUUGAUUUUUAAAAAUCAUUGUAAAGAUGUUUUGUAACAUGUACACUAGAUGGGAACCUGCGUUAGGAGAGAAGUCCCGAUGAUAGUGACGUGAACCGAAACGCCGAUGAAAAUUAUACUUACUGUAGAUGCUGUCUGAACUGGUCACUAGUCCUUGACACACUCGACCUGGUAACUAGUGGAACGAGCUGAGUGUGACGUUCAAAGAUUGGAAAGCAGAGCCAUGUUUUCCGGAGUUAGCAGGCUAACUCACUCAGCUGGCCUUUUCAAUGAACCCAGUCGAGCUCCAGUUUGACCCCGGAGGCGUCCAGUGUGCAGGCAACACGUCAUCUACAGAAGAGCUUUUAGCUAAUUGUGUCUUUAAGAUCAUCAGUGCUUUUAGAACAAGGGAGCUUUGCUUUUAUCAGCUUAGUUUUAACACUGAAUAACGAUCCAUUGUCGGUCAGUGGAUAGUGAUUUAUUUAUCUUCUGCUUGGGGGGAAACUAUUCAUUUGGCUUUGAUUGUAUCAAUGCACUUUUCUGUUGAUGUUGGCCUGAGAUCUUGUAGAUCACUGCUGUAUGACAAUAAAAUAUUUUGUUUCUAAA